GUUCUGCUUAAAGUGCAGAAAGAAUUACUUGCAUAUGGAAACACGCAAAUCAGCAUUCUUGAGUUAAGUCAUCGAUCGAAUGACUUCAAGAAAGUUAUCGAUGAUGCUCAGGCUACUCUGCGAGACAUUCUCAAUGUUCCUGACAACUAUAAAAUCUUGUUCAUGCAAGGAGGCGCUACCGGAAUAUUUGCGGCAAUUCCUAUGAAUAUUAUGAAUACUGGCACUGCGGAUUAUUUAGUAACGGGCUCCUGGUCUGCAAAAGCAGCAAAAGAAGCGGCGAAGUAUGGAAAAGUGAACAUGGUUUUACCUAAAACGACAAAAUACACAGAAAUUCCGAAUCCUUCUACUUGGAAAUUAGAUACGGCGGAAGCAUCAUAUGUUUAUUAUUGUGCCAAUGAAACAGUGCAUGGAGUUGAAUUUGAUUAUAUCCCGGAAACAAACGGCGUACCACUUGUUGCUGAUAUGUCAUCUAAUAUACUUACAAAAUCUUUUUGUGUAUCCAAGGUAAAUAUCCAAAUAAUUAAGAUAUCUUGA